CACUCACCUACUCUCUGGUGUUCAGGUGUGUCUUUACAUGCUUCACCUUUCACAGUCAUUACUCCACAAUCCAUUUGCUGCCCGCUACACCUACACACUGGGGAGAGAGAGAGAUCACCAAAGUCCUGCUAGAACUUUUUUUCAGCAAAGAAGUCUUUAUUUUACUUUAUUUCAAAGCAGCAACUUUUUUCUUUCUUCAUUUUUUUUUAUUUAGAACGGAAGUGACCAUGAUCAGAAGCCUCCAGUUGUAAGGAACAUAUACCUCCACAUCAUCUGCAAAGGUUUUUGGAGCUGGGACAGCAAUGGCCCAAGAGGACAUAUCUACACUGCUGCUUCUCAUGUUGCUGGUUCCUGUCCAGCUUCAGGACAACUGUAAUGGGGGUUCGUGCCACCCCAACCUGGGUGAUCUUAUGGUGGGCCGUGCUGCCCAGCUGUCAGCCACAUCCACCUGUGGUAUGAAUGGUCCUCAGAACUACUGCAUUCUGGGAUAUCUGGAGGAUGAACAGAAGUGCUUCAACUGUGACUCUAGGAGCCCCUACGAUCGACACAACAACCACCACAGCCACCGAAUAGAAAACAUCAUCACUACUUUCGAACCUGAACGUAAGAUGAAGUGGUGGCAGUCUGAGAACGGUGUGCAGCGAGUCAGCAUUCGCCUGGACCUCAAGACUGUGUUUCAGUUCAGCCAUUUAGUCCUGACCUUCAAGAGCUUUCGACCAGCUGCAAUGCUGGUGGAGAGGUCUAAAGAUUUUGGACGAACUUGGAAGGUGUUUCGAUACUUCUCUGCAGACUGCGCUAACGACUUCCCCGGGGUUUCACAAGGCCCAGCAGAGAGCAUCGACGACCUCAUCUGCGACAGCCGCUACUCCGGAUCUGAACCCUCCACUGAUGGAGAGGUGGUGUUAAAAGCUUUGGACCCCAACUUUCACAUCUAUGAUCCAUAUGAUCCUACCAUUCAAGACCUCAUCACCAUGACUAACCUUCGGCUGAACUUCACACGUCUAUUCACGCUGGGAGAUAACUUGCUGGUGCGGCGGAGGAGGAACCCUCAGGAUAAGUACUACUACGCUCUCUAUGAAAUGGUGGUCAGGGGGAGCUGCUUCUGCAAUGGCCAUGCCAGCCAGUGCAUGCCAGUUUACAGCACGCGUGGAGAUACCUUCACUGAGCCUGACAUGGUUCACGGGCGCUGUGUGUGUCAACACAACACCAUUGGGGACAAUUGCGAGAAGUGCCAGGACUUUUACAAUGAUGCCCCCUGGAGGCCAGCUGGAAACAGUGACCCACAUGUCUGCAAAAAGUGUAACUGCAACGGUCACUCAGAGCGGUGUCAUUUUGACCUAAACCGUUACAUGGCCACUGGACAGGUCAGUGGUGGGGUGUGUGAGGACUGCAGAAACAACCGCAUUGGAGCUCAGUGUGAGCAGUGUCAGCCAGGCUACUACAGAGACCCUCAGCGCCCUAUAGAAGAUCCAGCAGCCUGCAUACCAUGCGCCUGUCACUCAGCAGGGUCUGUGGAUGGUGGUCUGUGUGAUCCAGUGAGUGGCCGCUGUGUUUGCAAGCAGAAUGUAGAGGGUGAACGCUGUGACCGAUGCAUAUCAGGCUUCUUUGGUCUCAGUCAGGGAGAUAACAGUGGCUGUCAGAGAUGUAGGUGCAACUCCUUGGGCAGCAAGAGCACUUCCCCAUGUGACCAGACAACAGGCCAGUGCAUCUGUGAAGACUUUGCCCAUGGACCAGAGUGUGAUCAGUGUGUGGCAGGAUAUUGGGGUUUAGGAAAUACAGUAUAUGGCUGCUUACCUUGUGACUGUGAUGUUGGAGGAGCUUUCAGCACUGUGUGCUUGUCAGUAAGUGGGCAGUGUCAGUGCAGAGCUAAUAUGAUUGGACUCAGCUGCAGCGAGCCUGCACCUGGUUACUUUCUGGCACCUCUCGACUUCUAUCUGUAUGAGGCUGAAAACGCUGCUCCUCUCGAAACCAAGUGCUCCUAUUACCUGGUGUGGCCCACCACUCCCCCUGUACCACACACAGCUCCCACAGCAUCCAGGCCUACUCCACGUCCGUACUGCAGCCCAGGAACCCCAGCUCAUAAACCUCCUCCUACCCCUUACCCAACUAUUCACUUUGAGACACCAUCUCCAGCACCCCCCACAGAACCCCCCACUCUGCCCAGAUGUGAGCAAUACUUCAGGAGCAGGGGAUAUGAGUUCACGCUAAGCGAUGGGAAGUUUGUGGUGGUGAAGCGCGAAAGGAGACAGAGUCGAAAGAGAAGACAAAGCCAGAGGACCAUUUCCCUGCAGCCUGGAUCUUCCCAUCAGAUCAUAUUUCGACCACAUACUCCAGAUGUAACUGUGACUUGGACUGGACCAGGAUUUGUGCGAGUUCAAAAUGGAGCAGGCCUCAGAUUUGCUGUCACCAAUAUCCCAUUAAAUCUUAACUACCAUUUCGUUAUUCGCUACGAGGCAGAGUCCACAGAUGACUGGACAGCUACUGUGAAAGUCGUACCUUUAGGACUUUAUGAUGAAAAUUGCCCGUACGACUCGUCUGAGAAAACAGUCACGCUUCUCAGCACACGGAGGGCAGCCACUUUGGAUACUCCAGUGUGCCUCAGCUCCGGCGUGCGGUAUUACGUGGAUAUCACUUUUGAGAGACAAUCCACUCCAGAUCCGUACUGCAGAUCCCACAUUCUGAUUGAUUCCAUGGGACUUAUUCCAAAGAUUGAGUCUCUUCCAAAUUUCUGCUCUGAGCGAGCUCUGGCUGAGUAUCAGCAGUACCAGUGUGUGGAGCUGGUAGAACGUGCAGGAGAACACACCCUGCCAGAGGUGUGCGAACAACUGGUUUCCAGCAUGUCGGCCUAUAUACAUAAUGGUGCAAUUGCUUGCAAAUGUAAUCCCGAAGGGUCCUUUAGCUCCUCUUGCAGUAAAUUUGGAGGACAGUGUGACUGCAAACCCAAUGUGAUUGGCCGCUGCUGUGACACCUGUGCCCCCUUGACGUAUGGGUUUGGGCCAAAUGGCUGCUCAGCAUGUAACUGUGAGCCUUCAGGCUCCAAAGCAGAGGUAUGUGACCACAGGACCGGACAGUGCCCUUGUCGUAAUGAAGUCACGGGCCAGCGUUGUGACCGGUGCCUGCCUGGAUACUUCGGUUUUCCAAACUGUAAACGCUGUCAGUGCAAUGGACUGGCUGACCUCUGUGACCCUGUUACUGGAUUGUGUCUGAAUUGUAAGGAACAUUCAACUGGACCCCACUGUGAAAGGUGUGUUGAGGGGUACUUUGGGGACCCUGUCUCAAGGGAGACCUGUCUGCCAUGCCGGUGUCCGGACGUAAAGGGCAGUGGGCGGUUCUUCGCCCGCUCCUGCACCAAGGACCCAAAUGCUUUAGUCCCGACUUGCGAAUGCGAGGAAGGGCAUCAAGGUUUCCAGUGUGAUUCAUGUGCUCCGGGUUAUUAUGGUAACUUGUUGUUGCCGGGAGCGAGGUGCACGGAGUGUCCCUGCAACAAUAACAUUGACCCUGGUGAUGGCGAGGCGUGUGACGCUGUGAGCGGAGAGUGUCUCCACUGCUUACACAAUACUCACGGGCCCAACUGUCAGACUUGCAAACCUGGUUACUAUGGCAACGCCCUACUCCAGGACUGCCGAGAGUGUACCUGUGAUCGUCUGGGGGCGGAGUUGACUAGGUGCCCGCCGGAUGGGCCGUGUUUCUGUGAUGCUGUGACUGGGCAGUGCCCGUGCCGCACUGGUGUGGUGGGAGUGCUGUGUGAUCAGUGUGAGGACGGGUACUGGAACCUGCACUCAGGCUGUGUGCCCUGUAACUGUAACUCACAGCACUCUCUCAGCAAACUGUGUGACAAGAUUACAGGCCAGUGUUCCUGUGAGAGAGAAUACGGUGGCAAGCAGUGUGACCAAUGUGCAGAGAAUCACUUUGGAAACCCAGACAUUCAAUGCAUAUCCUGUGACUGUAACAUGGAGGGCACCGUCUUCCCCGGUUGUGAUCCGUACACUGGUGAGUGUAUGUGUCGGCCUGGAGUGAGCGGUAUUUUCUGUGAUGAGUGUUCUCCAGGGCAUAACCCAGCCUUCCCUGCCUGCGAGCCCUGCCAUGCCUGUUCCUUACUCUGGGAAAAAAAGGUUACUGACAUCACUAAGGCGGUUGCAGAGAUGGCUUCUUUACCUCGUCCACCUAAUGUUAACGACGUACGGCUCCAGAAAUGGAUGCAAGAAUUGGAGGAGAAACUGAACAACCUGGUCAACAUGCUUGGCCGUGAUCAGAAUGAGCUGGGUGCCAUAGAGAAGCUCAUGAAUCUUAUCAGAAACAUGAUAGAAACCAUAGAUCCACACACUAUCAUUAUUGAUCCAUCUCAACUGCUGAACAAUGAAAUUGGUAACAUUCAUCAAGAGUUCAAGAGGCUACUGGAGGGCUUGAAGAGAAAACUGGAAGAUGGCCCGAAACUAGAUCUAAAAGCACUGAAUGGCACCCUGGAGAAGAUCAGAAAGCUCCAUGCUGACUUCAUGAAAGAUGAAGAGAAGGUGAAAGAGGCUAAAGGCAUUUUGGACGCCUCCAGGCAGAUCCGGCAGGACACUAAGGAAGAGCUGGCCAAAUGCCAGCGGAGGCCUUUAGACAUACUGGAGAAGAAGGUCAAAGCACUCAGUGUGGCCGGACUGAAUGAGGAGAUCUGUGGAGCUCCAGGUGAUGUAGAGUGUGAGAAGGCGAAGUGUGGAGGUGCUCUGUGUGGGACGUGUGGUGGGCCGUCUUGUACAGGCAGUUCUCCUCUCAGUAAAGAUGCCCUGGACACAGCAGAGAGAACUGAGAGAGGCAUCCGAGACCUGCUCCGAAACCUCACAGAGGCAGAUACAAAGAUGAACAAAGUCAAAAAUGUAACUGAAAGCGUUAAAGACAAAGCACAGGAAAUGAUGAACAAAAUCACCAACAGUAAGAACAUAUUUGAAAAGGAGAAGAAAAGCACUAAGGACCUGAUUAUCCGGGUCAGGGAAUACUUGACAGAGGACUCAAUGGAACCUGAUGACAUUGACACGUUGGCCUCUGCUGUGUUGGCUAUAAAGCUGCCCAGCUCACCAGAUGAGAUCAAGAAGAUGAUCCAGGAGAUCCAGAACAUCCUGGGGAAUAUGACAGAUUUUAAGGAGAAUUUGAAACCCUUGCUGGAACAAACUGAAGUAGCUAAAAAUAUAACACAGCAGGCUGAGGAAAUCCUGAACAAAACUAAGCAGAUGAAUGUCAGUGAGAUCGAGCAGAAUCUGAGGGAUACUGUCAAGCUUCACGGCAAGAUCCAGAAAGACCUAAACAAGUCUGAAGACAACAUGAAUGUUACCACUGAUAAACUGAACCAGAGCACAUCUAAACUCAAGAAUGCUGAAGAUAAUUUGAAGACGACGCAGACCAAACAACUACGAGACAAAAUUGAGGCUUUGAAAAAUAAAACUGAAAUGAAUCAGGUUCAGGCUGUGGAGGCAAAAGCUGCUGCUGAUGCAGCGUUAGCCAAUGCCACAGACGCUAACAAGGAUCUUCAAAAAGUAAUAGAACAGUUUAAAAACCUGACAGAGAAAAACCAAACUCAAAGCAAUAAUGGUGAAGCCAAUGAGCGCCUGAACAGAAUAAAGAUGGAAGCAGAAAAAAUGGCAAAAGACAUAGAGAAUAAACUCAAACAAAUUGAAGAUCUAGAGAAAAGAAUUCUGGACGCUGCACGAAAUAAAGAGGAGAAAAUGGCCGAGUUAGAGUUUCUCCAGAGGGAGGCAGAAGCAUUGGGGAAAUUCAUUGAUCAAGUAGUGCUGAAAUAUUUGUAUUGCACUUAGGUCCACAGCACCCUGCCUUAUAACUAAAGGCAAUGCCGUGUGCCUCUGCUGAAAGGUCAUGGUACAUUUAAAGCACUGGAAUAUGCUGCUGUUACUGGACUACGGCUAAUUGUUUCCUGUUUUUUUUGUUUUUUUUUUUGCCUGAAUUGAACCAGUACCAGAAAUGUUUGUUUGGGUGUUAUUUGAUUUAGACUAGAAUAAGCUGAGGAUGUAUGUUUAUGUUUUAUGACACGAGGAUUAUAUGUAAUUGUGGUUAAAUGGCUAAACUAAAAACAUUUAUAUUAUUUUGUGCUAUAGAUUUUACAGAUAUGUCAAACCAAUAUUUUUUUUACAAGUUAAUUGUCUGAGUAGUUGUAGCAUUAUGCUAACAUUAAUGCAGCGUUAUGUAAAAAAUGGCAUUUUGUGGUCCUGGGCUCUACCUACAGUCAGGAUGUGGGAUUAUCACUUUGCUCCAGAGACUGUAAAAAAGAUGGAUGCCGUGUCACGUUCCCCUUCAUUCAAUGAAAAUGAAGCCAAAAUCUUCUGCCUGUUGGCAUGUUGGCGAUUCUGAUACCCGAGUCUGCGCAGUAGAGACCAGAGGAGGGAGAAAGACUGUGGAGAGACAACCUACUCAUUUGAAUAAACCCGCCCCUGAGGGCUGCCUCCACAGAGCUACACAGUCUAUGGUCCCACCCAUACAGUCAUUGGCCCCACCUAUACUAGGUGUAACCAAGCCCUUUUACAAUGACCACACCUUUUUAUGUAGAGCUGAAUAAUGUUUUAAAAAAACAAAUUCUGUGGGGAUAUAAAAGCAGAGGUUACUCUAGUUGUUGCAUUUAAAUAAUGGAGGUAGAAUUACAGUAUAUUGUAAAAAAAAAAACGUGAUUUUGCCAUUGAAACCUAUGGGGAUGGGUGGGGUUAAACAGUUUUAUGCAACCGAACAGGACACAGUAAACACAGUAGAGUAAAUUUACAGGAUUUUACACAAUUUUAUAUGGUUACAUGACAUUACAAGUUCUUACAAGUUAUUUCCCCUCGCUUUACCAAAGUCUCCAAACAUAGUGGCGCUGCUCUGCCUGUUAUGGGAUAUUGGACCAUCAUUUAAAUACUCUAAAAGCAAAUUAAUACACUAGGAGAUAGUACGCAGUAAAUUUCAUAUCAUGCAAAGACAGUAUUACCCAUGUUUUAUUGGUGCUUCUUCUUACUUGUUCAAAUGUUUCUAGUAUUGUAUCAUAUUAUGGAUAUUUGUAAGCAUUCAACCUUUGAAAUCAUGAAUAAGGAGAAGCAAUUGUCAUUGUUAUCUGUGCAGCUGUGGACUCAGAUUUCCUGUAAACAGUUGUAGCCAGCCAGGCUGCAAAUGUAACAAGAUUAAACUAACAGUCAGGAUUGUAUUGGAUGCCUGCUGCUUUUGGAAUGUGCUCAGUUGUCUCUAGUUGAAGCUGGAGGGCAAACCCAUCACAGUCUUUUGUGCUUUAGGGUGUCAGCGCCAUUCCUGGUGCUAUUGACUUGCAAAAAGAUGAUGUUCUUUCAUUCCACUUAAUCACUUUUUAUUGAUCUUUGUCUAUUUCAUUUAACACAGGCAUUAAGCUUACUCUUGUGUUACAUAUUUGUUUGAGUGAUAAAAAAAUGAAUGAAAAUGUUGCUAUGCUAUUUAGAUGGUGUAUUAUUUUAUUAAUGUAAUAAACAAAGAUUUAUGAGCAUUAAA